AGUGACAGGUGGUGAGAAGUGACGUCAAAGAAUCGACGUUCACGUUGCAAUCAUUCGGACCCCGUUUACGUUGCAAUAAGCUCGUCAUCAUUCGGAGUGAUUUUGCGCUUACAUAUUUUGCCGCACACGCCUCUCAUCCCACGCUGAACUUUGCGCAUAUCGACGGGUUUAUAUAAAUUGUGAGAGACGAAAUCAUCGCCCUUUACAGAUAUAUCACCUGAGCGAGAUAUUGGUAACAGCAUUAUUUAGGAACGCCCGGAUCUUUUUUGCACGUGACAUCGCUGUGACGGACCCGGGACGAGGGAGGAACCAAUAUCUAAAAAAUAUCAAAGAUAACUUAAGAGGCUCGUCAACUUUUUAAGUUUGUCAUUGAUCGGCAACUUGAUGUUAUAGGAUAGUUAAACGAAAGUGCUUAAUAGGGAUUGUCAAAAGAAAGAUCGCUCAACGAACAAAAUGAAGAGUAUUCCAAGUUUGUGGCAACUUUCCUUUCUAGUCUUUCUCUGCGUUAUUAUCAGCUGCUCAGGAUGUUACAUACGUAACUGCCCUCCUGGAGGAAAAAGAGGUUUAAAUGAUCACGUUUUAGGACAAAGACGGUGCAUGUCAUGCGCAAAAGGCGCUGGAAUUUGCGUGGGACCAGACAUUUGCUGCGGACGGGAAAUAGGAUGUCACAUGGGUACACAACUAAGCAGUGUCUGCGCAAAAGAGAAUGAAUCGCCGACGGCUUGUUCGGUACCCGGGCGGCAAUGUGGACCAAAUAACCAAGGGAAAUGUGUGGCAAGUGGCAUUUGUUGUACCUCAGAUACAUGUGCGAGCGACGGAAUGUGCCAGGGUGGAGAGGACUUUAAACCGCAACUUGUCCAACUUCUUCAAGCGCUACUCGAAAAGCGAUCACGAUAGUGACAAGUGGAACCAAAAGUUACACUGGUCAUGAAUUAACAUGUGCCGACAUCUGCACAUGAAUUAUGAAACAAUAGAUUUGCUAUCUGUUAGUAUUUUUCCUGACCAUCUUGGGAAGCGGGCAAUGUACUCAGACAAAUCAUCAAGCGGAAAGCAAUACCAGUAGGCCUUCUCGGGUACGUGACGUACUGUGAUGACGUCAUUGCCGAUUCAGAAAGGAGGCGUGGGGAUUAACUCCAUGCACGCGGUGGCUGUUGACAAAUUGGCUCGAAAUCUAUUUACCUUCUCUUCUCCCAAAACAUCUUUGAACAGUAUGCAGGUUCUGAGGAAUGAAUAAGCUGAAUGGAAUGCAAUAUGAACUCGUCCAGGUGGUGUACUGUGGUGACGUCAAAGCCAGUCGAAUCAUAAGCAGAUUAUCUCCACGUGCACGCAAUGUCUAUCGACAAUACGGCAUGACUAGAAACUUCAUCUCUUUAGCCGAUUGAACCCCCAACCCCAACACCACGCCCACCCCUGCCCCCGCCCCUGCUUCUCAAACUAACGAGGCCUGAAGAGUUUGCAGAAAUGGUUAGUGGGUCAUGUCGGUGAGACAGAAGCAAUGCUGUUUCUCAGCAGGAGUACAUAAAAUCAGAAUAUAGCAAUUGACUUUGCUAGAUUUCCUAUUUCGGCAGAUGAAAAAGCUAUUUCUUCUGUUCAUCACGGAUGUCGCUCUCCAUCCGUGUACAUGUAAAAUUAAAGGAAGAAGAAUGAAACGUAGUUGCGACAGCGCUCAAUGCGAGUGAACCAGGUUAUUAGUAAAGGAUAUCCCAGACAAAAGGCAAUAUGUCUUUUUUAAGCCAAUGUAAUACAUGUAGAAUUGUAGAAAGGUUAAAACUAUGUGAAGAAACUGUAGUGAGCUGAUUUAUCAAACUACAUAUUGUCCCCUCAAAAAUAAAUAGCCUUCCAAUUUGCAUUAGUAAUUGAAUAAAGCCAAAAAGGCAUAAGCGACUAUAUAUAUUUUGGAUAGAACGUUUUCCGUUGUGACUCUCAAGGUCUCCGAGUUUGACUUUUGUCGCCAUGGGAAAUGCUACGUCGUCCUAGCAGGAUGCGACGGCCUCUGACCGGUUUCGCAGUGUUCUGAUAGUUGGCAACUGGAUCUAGAUUCAGGGAUAUCUGGAGCACUGGAGUGAUGACGACGUGGGUAACACGUCUGUCUGGACAACUGGUCUAUGGAGAUUUUCUACAAGCCCUCGGAAAUAGUCUGGGCGAAAUAUUCGAGUCGGAGAUCUGCAAGAGUAGCUCUUGAAUAUUGUCAUAAGCGAAUGAUGGCUCUUGGAAAUUGUGUUUCUGACGAAUGGUUUUCAGUGUUAUGCUAGCUUUCAGAAUUGUCCUGUGUAUAAAGAAAUGAUAUGACACAAAAGUUAGUCCUGAAAUAUCUACUUGGACGCAGGUCCUCUCCUGGUCCUCUCAGACUACGGCCAAAAGUAUUUGUGCGCGCCCCAGCAUGAUCUGCCUCUUGCUCGAGCUUGUCAGAAAGCCGUACGCUUGGAAUUCGAGAGGCAUAUGUCGGUCCCACCAUAGAGAGGUUCUCCCUGGUCCUACGCAGCGACCGCAGGGACUUGGGUGGGCGCGCGCAAAUACGCCUAGAGGAGGUUUACUCGGUCCAAGUCUUGGGUUCUUCUCAGAAACAAUGUUUAUGAAAGCAAGCCUGGAGUAUUCUGUGCAAUAAGCAGAUUAGAAACCUUUCCAAAAGUGCAUUUCAUCAACCAUGGUGAUUGUGAAAAUACUCAUGUAUAUUCCAACAAAAAAGGGAAAAGGGACUAAUAAAUACUGAUAUGGUAUGCGCCUUCGGGUUCAAACCCACUAGGGAGUUAUCCCAGAGCCCCCGAAACGCCAACGCGAACAGCUGUCCCAUCGUGGUGAUCAGGAGCUCGAACAAUGGGAAAGCCGUUCACGUUGGCGUUUCGGGGGCUUCGCGAAAACUCCCUUAUACCUUUGUUUGCGUCUGCGUGUAAAUACAGCUAUCCACCAGCCAUGCUAGCUUACUAUCAGAUUCACGUCUCCAUGUUCUUUUCCAUCUUAGAAGUCUGUAGAAAGACAAAAAACGCAGUACCCCAGUAAGGCCUGCAUGUCCACCAGCGUCUGUGGUCUUCAUUAUUUCACUGCUUCUGUUGCCAGGGAACUGCUAGAUAUUUCCUUCUUUUGUAAAUCUUCUUUGUAUCAAGAAAUAGUGAUAUUUUCUGGACAAUAAAUGCGUUUCGGACUUCUUUCUUUGCAAUCCA